AAAAGGGGGGGGGAGGGCGGGGUAGUGCCCGCCUCCCUUAUGGAACGUUGAAGUACUGUCAGGUUCUCUGAGAGUUUUAUCUGCUCAGGCGUACAUUAAAAAUCUGUGGCUUUCGCGAAGCCGGAGCAGGCUUUUCCUCUCAAAGAGGAGCAGCCAUCGAGAGGAGGAGAGAUGGGGCGUUUCACCUCAAAAUGCUCCCAAUUUUCUCAUCGGGUGUGUUGUGCCUUGAAACCUUUUUCUUUUUUUUUUCCUUUUAUUUUUCUUUUUAAAGAAACUGAGAUAUAAGCGGAUGCACUGACAGUGUUGACUUGAGAUUGAAUGGUGCUACUUGAUUUAAGUGUGUAGGCCCUUGUUCGUCGUGCCCAUCGAGUUUUACAAGUUCUUUUAUUGCACAUCUAGAGUUUUAUAUAGAUGUCUUGGAUAUGUGUCCUUAAGCUUCCAAAUAUUGUGUGUGAGGAGUUUGUGAGAAACGCAGCUUGUUUACAAAGAGGACAGGUUCUAAACGUUUAAACCAGGAUUUAUUUGGGACCAGGGGAUUUAGCAGUCGGGGGAAUUUAGCCAUUUGCACAGAUUUCUAGAUUCUACUUUUGCUGCUAGUUUUGUGUAAUUUAUUAAGCAUUUUUGACAAAUAUUUAUUUUUGUAAGCCUCAAAGUGAUUCUUUGAAAGUUUCAGUAACUUGACCAAAAGACAGUACAAAAAACACUGGCACUUGAAUGUUGAAUGUCACCUGUUUGCGUGAAAUUUAUAUAUUUCGGGGUAGUGUGAGCUUUUUAAUGUUUAAGAUACAUUGGACUCGGUAAAUAAUAUCCACAGCUGUUUCGGGGGCCUCCUCGUGGCCCCUCAUCUCUAUUAGACUCUAUUAAUUGGUGAACAAAAUUUGAAAUGGAAUUGAACAAACAUGCCAAGGUUUGGAAUAAAGCUGUCAGAGCAAAAACAAAACAAUCUCUUAAGCAUAUCAGUGCUGAAGUGUUAAGAUUCUCCAAUUGUGUGCAUUAUUGAUUCUUUACUCUAAUUUGACCUGAUUAUUUUUCUCCAGUGAAUGUCUGGCACAUGGCAAUCCUUAAAGAAACAAACAUGUGGUUUAUUCUCAUUGUCGUAUUUGUAUAUGUGGACCCUCUGGGGUUCCUCCGAACGUGGAACCCGUCUGUACGAGACAACACCAGUUCUGCGCAGGUUGUUGCAUGGCAGAACCAGAGACGCGUUCCACGUUCUCCAAAGGAACCCCGGGGCUCUUUAGGUGUAGACUUUGCUUUCUGUAUUAGCUUCUAGGCUCCUGCACCGCAUGGGAAAUACUCGGCUGUGCAAUUGUAUGAUUUUACCAAAAUAAAAAGGUUGAAUGCAAAAAAAAAAAAGUACCUGGACGAAUCCAGCAUGUUUGAUGAAGACUUGUUUACUGUAGUGCAGAGAAGACUUGUAGCAGCGGCCUGUUGCCGCGUGGCGAUUCCAGGAGGACCGGCGGCAAAAUUCAAUUUGGUAUCCAAGGGAUGGGCUUCAUUUCUUUUGAAAACAAUAUAAAGAUUUCAUUUGUAAAUUGACCUUUGUGGAUUGUGUUCUUUCCUCAAACUGGUGUCACGGCGACGAUACGUCACCUUCCAACCCGUCCAGCAUCUAUUCACUGCACGUUCCUGUCGCGAAUGGAAGAUCAUGUACACGGAUGUAAAGCUGAAUCGACGUGGACGUUUCUGAGGACGAGUGCGCUACAUUUAAGGGCGGGCGUCCUGGUGGAAAUCUAUUUUUGCUCAAAGUUCACAAAAGAACGCAGAGCUUCCUGUCGUGGUCCCUCACUCUAGAUCUAGAAUAGAAGUGUUUCUCACUUGGGACGAGAGGCUUCAUGCCGACUUCUGACUCUUUAGUCCUUCUAGUAGCUCUUUGAGGCUCGUUAGUUAUUUUUGUUUGUCUUUGGGGGGAGUUUUCCUCCUCGAUGGGUAUUGUGUGUGUGUGUGUAACAGUCAUUGAGUUCGUACUGCACCGCUUCAUGGUUGAUAUUGUUGGGCCCCGGUGACCUUUGACCUCCCUGUGGCUGUAUCCCUACAUGCCAAAAGUGCCUGUGUGCUCUUUGCACGAAGCAAAAUCCCAUGUUUGGUGAAUCUUUUUGAAAGGUCUGAGUAAGUGAACCGCUUCUUUGAUGCUCAAAUGGUGUCGGGUCACUUUUGCACGGCGGUUUUUAUCUGAAGGUUUGCAGCUGAGCUGCUCCGCCCUGACGAUCAAACCCAGAAACAUCACCGGUCUCUUUCCCAGUGGGACCAGAUGUGCACAGAUUAUGGUGUCUGUGUGCAGCUUUCCAAGUGGCGCGCUGUGCUGACAGGGUGGAAUCCUCGAGGUAGGUGACCUGUAUUUGAUGCCUCUACAGACGGAGCUCUCAGGCUGGAAAGUGACUGGAUGCACGUCUGCACUGGACUGCUGUCACCCCCACCCCACUUUUUGGGGAUGUUUUUUUUUUUUUUUCCACGAUGCUCUCGAAAGGCCUCUGAUGUGCCGAUGACCUUUGACCCUCCCACCCAAUGACAACCCAUUAAAAAAAACUUGUGUAAUAUCUGAUUAAAGAAGUGCGCGGUUGGAGUGACAGUCUGAGGAUGGAGGUAACCAUGGUAACCAUGGUCACCCGGCACAUCGUAUCGAUCGCCUCAUCGGGUCACGUGUCGCUGAUCCGUGUCAACAUCCGCAUCUCUGGACUCCCGCGUCCCCACCUGGUGCUGCGAGUGUGCGUCCGACUAAUCCGCGUUGCGGUUUGAUCCCGCAGCUUCGUUUUGCGCCUUUUAAUCUCCCUCCAUCUCCCGGAUUUGAGUGCCAUUAAGAGAUGGCUUUUUGGUGUGCGUGUGUUUUAUGACACACACACACAGUCAAGGGUGGGGGGGAGGAGAAAGGCGUAAAUUCACAACUGCACACACUUUUUUGCCAGAGCGCGUCUGUCUGAAGCCGCCGGUGGAGCACCGUGCAGACCGGUACGGGACGGCCGGGAUGGGGCCCAGCGGGACGGGUGGGGUCGUGUCCUUCAACUCAAGCGGGUGGAGCUGCCUGGAAAGAUCUGCAGACAUCCGCUAAUCCUGGCAUGUCCCACAUGAGCGACUCCAGCAAUGACUGUCAUCACUUUCACCGUCUCGGUGCUCUGCCUGCUGCCCCCGGCAGCACUCGCCCGCUGGGCGUGCGAGCGGGCGUGUCCGGCCUCCUGCUCGUGCACGCAGGAGAAGAGCUGCAGCGUGCUGUGCGACCGCUCCGGCAUGGCCGAGCUGCCCAGAGAGUUCCCCUGCGAGGCGUCCGCCAUCAACCUGGACAAGAACAGCCUCAAGUUCCUGUCGGAGAGGGCGUUCGGCACGCUGCCCGCCCUCAAGACGCUCUCCCUGGACCACAACAACAUCUCCUUCAUCACGCCCGGGGCCUUCAAGGGCCUCGGCAACCUGGUGGAGCUGAAAAUUGCGAACAACGACUACAUCAGUUACCUCCACACGCGGACCUUCACAGGGCUGAAGAAGCUGGUGCGCCUCGACGUGUCCAACUGUAACCUCUUCAACAUCCCCGACCGCAUCUUCCUGGAGCAGGCGGCGCUGAAGGAGGUGCGCUGCUUCGAGAACAACUUCCGCAGGAUCCCCGGGGCCUUCAGAGGGAUGGAGAACCUGACCCACCUCUACCUGGAGAGGAACAAGAUCGAGGCGGUGGCCUACAACUCCCUGCUGGGCCUCCGCGGCCUCAGGUACCUGAACCUGCAGGAGAACCUCAUCAAUGUGAUCCACGACGGCUCCUUCCAAGACCUCCUGCGGCUGGAGAACUUCUACUUCAACGACAACCUGCUGACCGACCUGCCGCGGCACGCCUUCCGAGGCCUCGUCCGCCUCAAGAUGCUCAACCUCGGCGGGAACCAGUUGACCAACGUGUCCCGGACGUGGUUCGGCGACCUGGUGGAGCUGGAGGUCCUGUACCUGGACAGGAACCAGCUGGUGAACAUCGAGGAAGGCACGUUCCAGAACCUCACCAGCCUGAUCACGCUCCACCUGAACAGCAACAACCUCACCAGCCUCCCCUUCCCCGUCUUCCAGCCCGUCUACUUCCUGGCCCGCCUCUUCCUCUUCAGGAACCCCUGGGCGUGCGACUGCUCCCUGGAGUGGCUGAAGCAGUGGAUGGAGAGCUACAAGCUGGUGCGGGACGUCCCCUGCGCCUCGCCUUCCUCCGUGGCGGGGCUGGACCUCGGCGAGGUGGUCUUCGCCAGGGCGAACGGCACGUGCGUGGACCCCGGCGAGCUGAACCUGACGGCGGCGCCGGCGGAUGUCGCCUCCACCACCGAGAACCGCUUCAACAGCCUCAUCUCCAAGCUGCUGCAGCAGGAGAUCAGGGAGGAGCUGGGCAACGGCACGGAGAGCCUUCGCAACGGGACGCUGGCCGAGGCCGAGGACGGGCAGCUCUCCGCGGGGGUCAGAGGUCAGCGGGCCCCGGCCGUCCUGUGCUUCGUCGCGGUGUGGCUCGCCCGUUGCACAUGAGCACGGUGGAGAAGGGGGCGGGUUCUCUUCACAGGAAACAAGCAGUGUUUGUUUAUCCGUUAGAGGCGCGGGGGGCAUUUGGGACGUUGGCUUCAGGUGAACUGACCGCCUGGUAAUCUGAAUCUUCCUCAGAGGGAACAGAGGCCAUAGUCAGGUAUUUAUGGAUGAAAUAUGGGACGCACAGCUCGAGAUCUCCACAUCAGAGUUGAUUAACUGUGGCCAAAUGAUGAAAAUGUAUUUGUGAACCUCCACCUUUUGUUGUGUAACUCUCAGUGUAAAUUAAUAUUACAUCAUAUUCGAGAGCUAAGAACAGAGUUCAGCUU